UCUAUCUAUCCAGGGGUCAUGCAGGGGGAUGUUGUCAGUGGUGUUGGUCUGAUGAGACAGAUAAAUAAAUAUAUUUUUAGCGCCCUCUGCUGUUACUGCUCCUCAGUGUGUCUGUCUGUGUGUGUGUCUGUGGUGACGUCACAACAUGGCGCGCUACAUCCGUCGUUUCUCUCAAGGUUAUAAAAACAAUCAGCGACUCAGCAGAUACACAUUUCGUGGAUGCACCAGCUUCUCGAAUACAAACGUGAUACACGAUAGACAGAAUCGGCGUUUCACGGUCACUCUUGACUGCGACGGUAAGAGAAAAUAACCUUCAUUCUGAUGUUAUGUCUCAAAACCCAGUGAGCUGCCUGUUUAGACGGCAUCGGAACUAACGAGACAACGCGCCGCCCGCCAGGCAGGAAGUCCUGUGGGUUUUGAGACAUACAUACACCCUUCCCCCGUCAAUGUGAAUCAGGAGCAGAGAGCAGUGCAGAACUGAAGUACGCCGUCAGAGAUGAUCGGGUGGAUCCCCUCAGGCUGCUCUGGAUUUCGUCGUUGAAGAAAAGAUGAUAGCGAGGAUAUCCUGUUGGUACAUUAGAAAAUAUGUAGAUGAAAAUCCACAUCUUGGAUACCAGACUUACAUUGAAAACAAACAAAUAAAUAAAUAAAGGCAGAAUUAAACAAUAUCUUAUUUUACAUAAAUCUUAUUUUAUUCUUGUCUGUCAUCCAGACUUAACUGCUCUCUCUAUUACAAAUAUCUGUCAAAUAAUAAUCUCGGUGCCUAGUAACUAGGCUGCUCUAUUGCUCAGCAACACCCUAGCAACUACUAAAAAAAUCGUAUUGUUAUUAGUGUGUUUUUCGGGAGGUAAAAUAUGACUUUCUGUUACAAAAGUACUUUGUGAGGGUGUUAUUCAAUAUUGCUUGUUUGCAGUUCAGGCAUCCUGAUAUUAGGAGAAUUAAGAGAGAUCACUCUGCUUGAAUUCUUGGAUUUAGAAAAAUUAGUCGUGUUCCAAAUGUUCUACAUUUCGAUUUUUUGAUAUUUAAAAAUGUCAUUUUAAAUUCAUGCUAUAUUUCUGGAUACAUCACAAACAUCAGGUGUCUCACAUUGCUCUGAUUCAUUCAUGCCAAUUUAUCUGUCAUGUAUUUUUGCCUUUGAUACGAAUAAAUGCCGGGUUCUUGUUACUUUUUAUUUGUAACAUUCAUUAGCAAUUUACGCCUGCUGUAGCAAGAACAUAACUACAGGCUCGCGGUAUAUAUCCCAGAAAUGAUCAGCGUAUGACAUCAAGAGUGAUCUGCUCUUUCGCUCGCGCGGAGUGACGGUACGUAACCUCGUUUUCAACGUCAUUGCGUUCAGUGGCGCUCUUUGAAUCGGAAGUGAAACUCAAGCUGUUAAAACCGAAAGCAAAAACCUUCCGAAGACAUAGGCAGUGGAUAGACGCCAUUUCAGAUCACUUCAGAUCACUUCAGAUAAACGAUUUACGGCCUGAAAUCAGGUCUCAUCGUGGAGGAAGAGAAUCAGAAAAACAGCCUGUAAAAUGAGUGUGUGUGAGGACAAUGAGCAGGAGGCUUAUGUUGAAAAUGAGAGAGCAGCAUCUUCAGGAUUCAGCUGUGUGUCAGUGAAGAGUAACAACUCCAUGAUUAUUGCUCCUAAUCUCAGUGAUGUUGAAGCUCGGAGAACAGCAUCUUCAGGAUUCAGCUGUGUGUCAUUGAAGAGUAACAACUCCAUGAUUAUUGCUCCUAAUCUCAGUGAUGUUGAAGCUCGGAGAACAGCAUCUUCAGGAUUCAGCUGUGUGUCAGUGAAGAGUAACAACUCCAUGAUUAUUGCUCCUAAUCUCAGUGAUGUUGAAGCUCGGAGAACAGCAUCUUCAGGAUUCAGCUGUGUGUCAGUGAAGAGUAACAACUCCAUGAUUAUUGCUCCUAAUCUCAGUGAUGUUGAAGCUCGGAGAACAGCAUCUUCAGGAUUCAGCUGUGUGUCAGUGAAGAGUAACAACUCCAUGAUUAUUGCUCCGAAUCUCAGUGAUGAACCUGCUGCUACCUUUGACUCUGUUGCUACCAGCAGAAAGAGAGCAGCCUCUCUACAGCAGCCCCGUGAUCUCAGUCAUAAAUCAGCGCACCUUGAUCCUGUAUGUAUGGCACCUUCACAGACCUUCCCAUACUCCUACAGUCAGAACCACUUCAGUCAUUCUGACACAGAAGCAGAUCUGAAGCUUGAUUCUCAUCAACCAGUACUUAAUGAUCUACAGAGAGUCAAAGAGCAGCACAAAACCAGCAUGAAGAAAAAGUACGAAAGCUUAUUUGAGGGAGUCAAACUACAAGAGAAUCAAACUCUCCUGAACAGGAUUUACACACAGUUGUACAUCAUCGAGGGAGAGAGUAAAGGAGUGAAUGAAGAACAUGAGGUGCUACAGAUUGAGAAAGGUUACAGGAUACUUCAAGACACUCCAAUCAACUGCAAUGACAUCUUUAAUCCUUCACAUGAACCAGUAGAUGAGAUUAGAAAAGAGAUGAAAGACAAAAUAAAGACUGUUCUUACUAAAGGCAUCGCUGGAAUUGGAAAAACUGUCUCUGUGCAGAAGUUCAUUCUGGACUGGGCCGAGGGAAAUGCCAAUCAGGAUGUAGAUUUCAUGUUUGUUCUUACAUUUCGAGAGCUGAACUUGAUUAAAGAUCAUCAGUACAGUCUUCACAGACUUCUGCUGGACUUUCAUUAUGAACUUCAAGAUCUGGACCCAAAGAUUUACGAUGAAUGUAGAGUUGUGUUCAUCUUUGAUGGUCUGGAUGAAAGCAGAAUCUCACUGAUGUUUUCAGACAGUCAGAAAGUUUCUGAUGUGGCUCAGAUAUCAUCAUUGGGUCUGUUGAUAUCAAACCUGAUGAAAGGAGAUCUACUUCCCUCUGCUCUCAUCUGGAUCACCACCAGACCAGCAGCAGCCAAUCAGAUCCCCUCUGACUACAUAAACCGUGUGACAGAAAUUCAGGGAUUCAGUGACCCUCAGAAGGAGGAAUAUUUCAGGAAGAGAAUCAGUGAUGAGCAUCAAGCCAGCAGGAUCAUCUCAAAUAUCAGAAGAGCAAGAAGCCUCCACAUCAUGUGUCACAUCCCCGUCUUCUGCUGGAUCUCAGCCACUGUGCUUCAAAACAUCCUGAAACAAGAUGCAGAAAUCCCUCAAACUCUGACUGAAAUGUACAUCUACUUCCUGCUCAUUCAAACAAACAUGAGGAACCAGAAGUAUGAACAGAGACAUCCAGAGAAACUCCUGAAGUCCAACAGAGAAGUGGUUGUGAAACUUGCUGAACUGGCUUUCAAUCAGCUAAUGAAGGGCAAUGUGAUGUUUUAUGAGGAGGACCUGAGAGAGAGCGGCAUAGAUGUCACUGAUGCUUCAGUGUAUUCUGGGAUCUGCACUGAGAUCUUUAGAGAAGAGUCUGUGAUUCAUCAAAGGAAGGUUUACAGCUUUGUGCAUCUGAGCUUUCAAGAGUUUUUUGCAGCACUGUAUGUGUUUUACUGUUAUUUACAUAAAAACAGUGAGGUUCUGAAAAUGUUCAUGAUAGGACAGUCCAGAUCCCAUUGUGAGAAUGUGGAUGUGCUUCUUAAGGGAGCAAUAAAUAAAGCCUUGGAGAGUAAAAAUGGACACCUGGAUCUUUUCCUUCGAUUUCUUCAUGGCAUCUCACUGGAGUCUAAUCAGAGACUCUUACAGGAUGUACUGAUACACACCCAGAACAACCCAGAGAGCAUUAAGAAAAUAAUCCACAACCUCAAACGAAGUCAAAAAACCAAUGUUAGUCCUGAAAGAUGGAUAAAUCUGACACACUGUUUGAUUGAGAUGAAGGAUAACUCAGUUGUUGAGGAAAUGCAGGCAUUUUUAAACUCUAACAAAACAAAAAAACGUCUUUCUCUUGCACAAUGCUCAACUUUGGCAAACAUAAUCCUGAUGUCAGAGGAGGUGCUGGAUGAGUUUGAUGUUAAAAAAUUCACCAUUAAAUCAAAAGGUGGGAGUCAGAGACUGUUACCCGCUCUCAGGAACUGCAGAAAAGCUCUAUUAGCAGGCUGUAAUCUCACUGGUCAGAACUGUGAAAUUGUGGCUUCUGCUCUACAAUCACCAAACUCACCCCUGAGAGAGCUGGACCUGAGUAACAAUCAUCUGCAGGAUUCAGGUGGGAAGCUGCUCGCUGGUGGACUAAAGAAUCCAAACUGUCAACUCAACAUACUGAGAUUAUCUGGCUGUAUGGUGAAAGAGGAAGGUUGUGCCGCUCUGACAUCAGCUCUGAGUUCAAACCUUUCACACCUGAGAGAGCUGGACCUGAGUAACAAUGAUCUUCAGGAUUCAGGAGUAAAGAUACUUUGUGCUGGACUGAGGACUCCAAAUCAAAUCAUCAUACUCCGCACAUAUCUAAAGUCUGAGACCCACCAAGCCGUCGGUCGGACAUUGGCUCUCGUCAGCAUGUUGAAUAGGUGUCGGGGAAAUAAGAGCUCUUAUUGGACACCUAGUUUCACAAAUGAGUCAGUGCCAGAGAAUUAAAGGGAAGUGAUGAAAACAAAUCAAUGAAAGCGGCACAAACAGAAGACUCUUGUAAUUCUGCGUGAUCUUACCCAAGCAUUCCAAUAUAUCAGUAUUAUGACAAUGUGAGCUGCUUAAAAUAAAGAACACUGUUAAUGUUACUGAUAUUCAAAAAGGUAAGCAAGCACUGCUUUGUUCGUUUUAUAUUUUUAUCUCCUAUUUCUUAGUUUCAGUUUCUUUGUUUGAUGAAUAUUAACUAUUGAUAGCUACUGAUAUAGACAUUGUGGCUAGUGGGUUGGUGUUAGCUCUGUGUGUCCCGGCCUUAAAAAUGAAGCCCACUAACAUG